UGAUUGGCUGCUGCCGGCUCGUUUCGAAAAACGCGUCAGAUUUGAGGCGGAGGGAAAGUUUAAAAUUGUAGCAACAAGAACGGCGAAACAACCAGAAAGCAGCGAGUUACAAUGAUCAGACAAGCGAAGGGUAAAACCCCCCGCAGGCCUGCUCCUAAAAAGCCCUCCAGCAACCAGAAAGACCCGGUUGGGGUUUACUGCCGGGUUCGACCCCUCGGUGUGGAGGACGAGGAGUGCUGCAUUGAGGUGAUCAGCAGCUCCACCAUCCAGCUGCACGCCCCUGAAGGCUUCAAAACGAACAGAAAUGGAGAGUACAAAGAGACACAAUAUUCCUUCAAAAAAGUAUUUGGAGUUUCAAUAUCUCAGAUGGAGCUGUUUGAGCAUGUGGCUAAACCUCUUGUCGACGACCUCAUUCAUGGAAGAAAUGGUCUGCUCUUUACGUACGGGGUCACAGGAAGUGGAAAGACGUUCACCAUGACUGGCUCUCCAGGCCAGGGUGGACUUCUACCUCGUUCACUGGACAUGAUCUUCAACAGUAUAGGACCCUACCAGGCCAAAAGAUAUGUUUUCAAGACAGAUGACAAAAAUGGUAUGGAGGUUCAGAAUGAAGUUGAUGCUUUGUUGGAGCGCCAAAGGCGGGAAAACAACGUGUCUGUUCCUAAAACACCCUCCUCCAGACAAAAGAUUGAUCCUGAAAUUGCUGACAUGAUUAAGCCGGAGGAGGCUUAUAAAGCAGAUGGUGUGGACGAGGACAGCAGCUACAGCAUCUUCGUCUCCUACAUAGAAAUUUACAAUAACUACAUCUAUGAUCUCCUGGAGGAAACUCAGGAGGAUGCAAUCAAACCAAAGUGGAAUGGUGGAGGCACACCUGUGCGCCUGAACACUGAGUUCAUACCACCUCAAUCAAAAAUCCUCAGAGAGGAUCAGAAUCAUAACAUGUAUGUGGCUGGUUGUAUGGAGGUCGAGGUCAAAUCUGCUGAGGAGGCAUUUCAAGUAUUCUGGAGAGGUCAAAAGAAGAGGAAGGUUGCAAACACCCGCCUGAACAGAGAGUCCAGUCGCUCCCACAGUGUGCUCAUUAUUAAACUGGCUCAGGCGCCUCUCGAUGCAGACGGCGACAACAUUCUCCAGGAUAAAAGCCAGGUGGCUGUUAGUCAGCUGUGCCUGGUGGACCUGGCAGGAAGUGAACGCACCGGUAGAACCGGGGCUGAAGGAACCCGUAUACGGGAAGCAGGUAACAUUAAUCAAUCUCUGCUGAAUCUGCGGACGUGCAUCGAGGUACUUCGAGAGAACCAGAUGUGCGGCACAAACAGGAUGGUCCCCUACAGAGACUCCAAAGUAACACAUCUGUUCAAGAACUACUUUGAUGGAGAGGGCAAAGUCAGGAUGGUUGUUUGUGUUAAUCCCAAGGCCGACGACUACGAGGAAACGUUGCUGGUGAUGCGGUUUGCGGAGAUGACCCAGGAGGUGGAAGUGGCUCGGCCAGUGGACAGGCCCAUCUGCGGCUUCACCCCGGGCCGUCGCCAUAGAAACCAGGCAUUUAAAGAGGAACUGUCUCGCAAGCUUGAGGAGCGUGGCGGCCCAAUAGACAGAGACAUGCCCUCUGUUAUAAGCCACCUGGUGCACAACCUCCCACCUCUACCCUCCUCUGAGCUGACUGACCCUCAUGAUGACAUCACCCUGCCCAGGCUGAUUGAAGCUCUGCAGAACAGACACAGGAUCAGGCAGAUGAUGAUUGAAGAAUACAGCAAAGCAGCUGACACGAUGAAGUCCAUGCUUCAGCAACUGGACAGCAACCUCGUUUCCAAUGACAAUUUUAUUCAUGAACAAAACGGCAAACUCGUAGAGAAAGACAAAAUCAUCCAGAACAACAAGACGGAGAUCGAACGCUUGGAGAAGAGAAGCAAAAUGCAAGAACACAAGAUUGACAUCCUGCAGAAAACGACUAAAAUCUAUGAGGACGACAAGCGUUCACUGCGGCACGAACUGGAAACCAGAGAGCAGAGGCUGCAGAGGGAGCUGUCUGACAAGAGACGCAUGGAGCAGCGCAUGCACGGCGUGGUCACGGACACCCAGUACAAGUGGGAGAAAGAAUGUGACAGACGUGUUAACGCGAUGCAGCUGGAGAUGCAAAACAAGCUCUGGGUGAAAGACGAGAAGCUGAAGCAGCUCAAGGCCAUCGUGACGGAGAGCAAGACCCCAGGGGGGCGUCCUGAUCCUCCACCACGUCAGACACAGCAGUUACGGCCAUCCAGAGAGGAACGCCUCCCCGCAAAGAGAUCGGCCUCUCCCUCGCCUGUCCCUUGCCGAGUUGAUUCUCCCCAAGUCAGGCCAGGGCCAGUCAGCCCCACUAGAGUUGAGGAGGUUGAAAUGAACGCAAGUCCCGUCUGCCCUGUUCCCAGCCCCAGUAUCUCUUUGCCUGUGACAAGCCGCAUGUCUGCAAGGGAGAGGCAGGUGGCCCCGGACAGCAGGCAGAGUUACCAUUCUCCUAGUACGCCCACGAGAACCCAGUCCCCGGCAAGACCCUCAGCUAGUCGGGCCACGAGGAGAGCUGCGUGUUGGACUAGAGAGGAAGAGGGGGCCAGCUUCCCUACAUUGGAUCUAGACUUAAUUGAGAGAAGCUACAGGACAGCGACACCAGUGCGGCCGCUGCACCGUCGCUCCCGCUCUGCUGGCGGGGAGAAGUGGGUGGACCACAAGCCCUCCUCAAGCAUGGACUUGGGUACGGUUUUGCAGCCUGUCAUCCCCAAUUCCAUCCAGGUGUCUACACCCAGCGAGAAGGCCUUGUCAAAGUGCGACCGAUAUGUGUUAACACACCAGGAAGUUGCCUCUGACGGUGAAAUACAGACCAAACUUAUUAAGGGUGAGGUGAUUAAAACCAGAGGAGGAGGACAGGCCGUCCAGUUCACCGACAUCGAGACCCUGAAACAGGAGCUCACCACAGUCCCAAGAAAAAGAAAAUCCUCAGAAGGCAAAAAUGGAGGUGGAACAGAUGGAGAUUGGACUGAUGUGGAGACGAGGUGCUCUGUGGCUAUGGAGAUGAGGGCUGGAUCAAACAUGGGUCCUGGCUAUGAGCAUCAUGGGAUCACCAAGCGCAGAAAACCCUAAAAGCCUCCGUCAGCUACUCCAGUGAUCACUGCCCUCUCCUGGCUGUUGUGCAAUAGUCUGAACUUUUUUUAUAUUUAGCUCUAGUAAUAAUAUUUAAACAUUUUCCAAGCUUUUAUAUAUGCAAAAGUAUAUCCAUGGGUCACCAAAGCUAUUUUGUAAAAUAUUUUAUAUGCUAUAUUUGAACCAAUAGAAAACAAGUGUUAUUUGUUUCAGUCAAGGAUGGUGGAAAACAUUGAGUUACUGUGGCCCUGCUGCUGGGAAAAAAAGUCUGUCUGCACAAUUUUGUGUAAUAAGUCACAUUUGUUACUUGGCACAUGAGGAGACAUUGUGAAGCUGUCACAAUAUUGAAUUUUGUUGUUUCCUAUAUACUGUUUCUGUCUCUUGAUUAGUAAAUUAUAUUGAGCUUCC